AUGAGGCGAAGUAUCGGACCGCGUGACGCGGCCUCUGGCACGGUCGAUCACCUUCGCGAUACCUUCUCCACCCCACCCCAUCCAAUUCCACCCUACCCCACCCGAGCGACGAACGUGCUGAAGCUGCUGGAGCAGGACCGACAUGCGCUGCGCCGCCGCCUGGCCGCGCUGCAGUCGGAGAGCGACGCGCGUCUCCUGGAGGUGCAGAGCGACCUGGCGGCCGUUGGCGCGGCGCUGGCCGAGCGCGAGGCGGCGCUGCGAGCGGCGGAACGCGAGAAGCAGCAGCUGUCGAGCCGCGCGGAGGAGACGCUGUCCGCCCAACUGCAGUGCCUGCGCGACCAGUGCAAUCUGCGCAAGUCCAGUCUGCAGGACCACCUCACCAGCCUCGAGGUCAUGCGCGACGAGAUCCAGCUGCUGUCGGAGAAGAAGGCGGAGUUGGAGCGGCGGCUGCAGGCCCUGCUGCGGCAGCGCGACGAGCAGGCGGCGGCGCUCGACGACGCCAGCGACCGCAUCUUUCGGCAGAGUCAACGCGAACUGGAGCAGCUCCGAAUUACUAAUAGAUUACUUGGAGAACAGUUGGAACAGCAAAGUGCAAGUGCUAUUGGAUCUACAACCACCCAUCGCUCAUUACUCAAUGAAAUGGAAUGUGAUGGUUGUGAAGACAACAAAAGCCAACUUCAUUUUGGAAUCCCUUCUGACACAGAAAUCCAACUGCAGCAAGAAGUGGAAUCGGCAUGUAGAAGGCUGAGAGCAAUUUGUAUAGAGCUGAAAAGCUGCCAGCAGUCCAAUGAUGCCAGUAUGGCAAGUGCUUCUGGCAUGGAAUCAGCUUCCAAUAGUUCUACCAGCAAUGACAGUGGCUAUGAACUAGUCAAGACUGGGCGACUCUCUGAUCUGGUGGACGAACUGUGCUCACUCAUUAAAGCGGGCAAGGGUCACAGUCGCACAAGCUCUACAUCUAGUGGCAUUGGCCUGGAGCUGGAGCUGGAGGCAGAGCUGCACAGGGCGAGAGAAGCUCUAGAAAGGAGUGAACGUGCCCUGGAAGAGCUGCAGGAUCAGUUCAAGAGAGCUCAGGAGCAAGUGCAGGAUCUCCAGAGCAAGUUGACAGUCUGUGAAGCAGAAUUGUCAGGUACAAAGGAAGAACGUGAUAGAGCUAGAGCUGAUAUGGAAAACUCUCACCUUGCUCGUGAUGAGCUGCUUCGCAAAGCAUGGGAGACUCGUGAUGGAGCUGUUGCUCGUAAGAAUCAUGUGGAGGUGGAGCUUGCCAGAACGCGAAUAGAUGUUAUGCAAGCAAACAGUCAACUGUUGGAGGCCAUUCAACAGAAGGUGGAACUGAGUCAGCAACUUGAACAAUGGCAGAUGGACAUGCAGUUGUUGCUGGAUGACAAUAUGCGCCAAAAGUUGACCACACAGGAGCAAAGAAAUGUUGCACCAACCACAGGAACAGGAGCAACAACAGCAGCAACAACAAAGAGCACAAACAAGCCAUCUAAACGAUUAUUUGGAUUUUUCCAACGAUGAUGAAAUGUGACACUGAAGUGAAAUUCAAUAGUGAUUUUGAGUCCUAUUUUUGAUAACCUCACAUCACAAAACAGAAUUCACGUGGGUCCCACAUGUUUCCUAAGAAAAUAAUUCCCAUGUUUUGAUCAUUUCAUUCAAUUUUUCUUGAAUGAAAUAAACAAUCCAGAGAGUGCCUCAAAUAUUAGAAACAAAAUUAUGUUGCAAAAAAAAUUACAUUCAAAGACACGACAUUUUGAAACAAAGUUUAACCACUGAAGCUUGCAUACUAAGUGCUAGCAAUGCCCAGAUGUCAUACAUUUAUAAGAACACAUUCUAAAACAAACAUUAAAACAUCAGGAAAUCAUGUACAGAAAGUCCUGUCAAAAUUGGUUAUUGGCAAUAAGUGACUUAGGGGAUACGAGUGCAAUGUUUCCCAAACUCAAAAUUUUUAUAAAAAGAAUAACUCAACUACAAUAAAGCCAUCUAACAACAUACACCCCGUAACGUUGUAUGAAUUCUCUACAAAUAAUAUAUAAAUAAAUUAUAUUUGUGUUUUUAUAUGAAAAUUUGGAAACUGCAUCAAAAUUUUCCAAGCACAAAACAAUAACAAUAACAAUUUUACCAAAAUCAGUGAAGCAUUGGAUUCCAAUGCAAUGUAAUGUAGAUGUGCUUGUAUUCUAAAAUUAUUUUGGACAUAUUGUAAAUUUGGAGUAUCUUUUCUAUACUUGGUAAAACAAACUGAUUCUACUUCUAUUGUAAAUAUAUAGUAGCCCCUACUACAUUUUUAAUGGCAUUUUUCUUACACUAUCUUUUACAAGUACUAGAAAUGAAAGUACUGUUUUUCAGUUAUACUCUGACAUAAAUAUAUAGAAAAUAUACUACACAGAUCCCCCAAAGACUCAAUCUUCUUUGGAAAGCAACUUUUCAAUAAUUUGUACCUGAAAUUGAUUUAACAAUUUACACAGCAGGUCUACUUAAAUCCAUCACAGCAGAGUAUUUGAUUUGGUUUGAUUUGAUUUGUAGUUGGAAUAAAUUACUGCACAAUCAACAUUGGACCUUAAUUUGCAAAAAACAACCACUGAGGUGCAGUGAAUGAGGCACUAAUUUUUUUUAUUGCCAUACAAAAAGGCAAACAAAGUAUUUAUCCUCUCUCCAUUGCUCCUUGAUCAAUGAAUGUUUUCAAUGCAUGCAGUAAUUAUACAAAUCUGGCAGUUCAUUCAUAUUUCUAUGAAUCAGCUAUAAAGUUGCUAGUCCUUAUUGCCAAGAGUUUGGCAUAUAAAAUAUUGCUAAAUUUUCAUUGAAGCAUAUAAAUUACAAAAGAAAAAGAAAAACCUAAGGUAUUAAUUUCGUUUAGAGAGUUUUAAGAAAAGGUGAGUAAAAUAUAUUACUAGUUUUUAACUUACGAUUCUAUUAAUGGAAUGUAAAAUUAUUUAAGUAAUACUUGAUUCUUUUCAACUUAUUUGGAUGUAACUGUUCAGAUUAUUUAAUUAGAUUAUAGUGAAAUGUUUUUUUGAAUGCCAACUUUAUCCUUCAUUGUGUACUUUGUGCACACAUUUUGGGGUGUUGUGUGUAUAUGUUUUCCAAUGUUACUGAGUGCUACACAUGCAUGUGUAUGCAGCAGAAAGUAAUAAAAAUGCAUUACUCACUAUUGUUUAGAUUGUACUGAACUUUAAUGUAGCAAAAUAGAAAUAGGUAAAUUUUAGACUUUUCGGAAUCUUGUUAAUCAAAUUAAGAUUUUAGAAAAUGAAAGUUAAGACACUUACCACAAUCAGAUUUAAGAUCCCUUUCAUAUUCUGAAUACUGGGAAACAUUUUCAUUUAUUUUUAUACUUUCUGCAGCAGAAAACUAAAUUUGUUGUUACAUAUAUUGUGUACUUGUAUGUAAAAAGUUUUGUUUAUUUUUUUCUUUUUUCUUGAUGUUUUGAAUUACAUAGUUCAAGUUGAUAUUUAAAACAAUUGUUGUUACGUAUAAAAACUUUAUGAGAAAAUUACCUAUUUAUGAAAUGUGACCAGGUCACAUUUUUUGUAGAUAUAACAUGUAAAUAUAAAUAAUAUACCACCAAGUGCAAUUACAGUUAACACGUCCAUGGAAGAGAGCUUUAAAGUGUACAUUUAUUAAAUAAAGAAAUAAGUUUAUUUUAAAUAUGUAUAUUAUUUUUUACACCAUCCAUUCCCCCCUCCCCC